GGUGGGUUUCCUUCUGACUCUCCGUCUUCAGGCUAGUUCUGCUCAACAGAGUGGUACUGCGGGGCUCUCACUGGGACCUUAUGGACCCGCAAUUUCAAGAAGAACACCAGAACACCAGAAGAACACAAGGAUGAACUAAUUUACAAGACAAUACUUGGGACUGUAUACUUGGGAAAUUCAGUGGCGUUUUGUCUCUCUCUUUCUCUCUCACUUCUGUCAUUCUCUCCCUCUCCCCCCUUUUCCUAUGUGUCUCCCCCUUUAUCUCUCUCUCUACCUGGGGUUUGGAGAGGUCCUUGCUACUUCCUUCAGCAACAGCGGUUUUGACAAAGCAAACAGGUCUUUCCAAAAGGUGGACUCAUCUAGAAUACAUUGACCAGUGAUGAAAGCCCAGACCUCAUGGUGUAGGAUCUCCUAUCAGUAACCAUGGCCAUGCCUGAGGGACCCGUUGCCACUCUUUCUGUCCUCAAGCCCCCUCAGAUACAUGGCCAGACUCUGGAAACAAUGGCCGUUCUUCGGGAGGACCCUCCACAGGGUCAGGAGGAGAGUUGGGGUCAGUGGGGGGUUGAACAUCAGGGUCAGGGCGAGGUUGGUGCCGUACUGCCAUGCAGUGAGUCCUUGAGCACCACUUCCCCGCCGGCAGCACCGGAGCAGCCUGGAGAUCCAGGGUCCCCUAUGAUGGGACCUACCCAGGCUCAAAUAACCACAGAGACCAUCAGAGACCUGGAGGAGUACCACAGACCGAGUACCUUCACUGCACGCGGUGAUUGGACCAAUUCGGCUGGACUGACCGUGGGGAACAGGAUCUUGUGGGUAAGCGGGGAUGCCGAACUGGAGCUUUGGUCCGGGACCACGGACGACCCAGGGUGUAGGCCUGGGCCAGCCUUGGGUCUGGUCUCAGGCAUAAAGGGACACUCAGGCACACAGCCUCCCUAUGAGGUACGAGAGGAGACAGAGAGGGUGAAGGAAGUCCCCUCCACGCGUUCGUCCCAACCAUUUUCUCCGUCGCCCUCUCCUGUCCUCUCUCCGGGCCAGACUCUGGGCUGUGUGGAUCAUCGUGGAUCAGAGGAGGGCGGUUUGUUUGACCUGCUUCGCAUCGUAAAACACAAACCCAGUGCCAUAGUCUUCUCCGGGGAGGACAAUGUCAGCCCAACGAGGGCCGCCGUCGCUCGGAGCACCGACGGAGAGGAGCCUUUAUCGGCCGAUGAGGAGGACGGUUACGAUGGUGGCGAGGGUGAUGACGAUGAUGAGGAUGACGAAGAGGUCCCAGAGCUGCCGCAGUACAAGGAGUUCCUGGUCAGUCGGCGACGUAGAAGCCUGAGCAGGAACAGGAAGGCACUGAGGAAAGGACAGGAAGUCCUACACACAGGCUUUCUGAUUGACCGGGGCUUCACCAAUAAGACCAACUCACUAGCCAAGCAGGAAGAGGAGGGGGAAAAAGAGACUAAAAAGAAGCAGGCACAGUCCCCAUGGUGUGACUCUAUGGGUCAGCUGAUGAGGAAGUUGGAGGAACUCAACUUAGACAUCCAGGAAGCACUCAGUGCGGGUAGCUCCUCCCUCUCAGACACCCCCACUGACAACGACAGCCAGCCACAGCCAAUACAGCCACAGCCAGACCUCCAAAUGAGUGCUCCAGUCACGGGGACAAUGGUGAGAGGAGGGACCUCCAGACCUCCAGACAGACCCUCAGAAAGCACCACAUCCAGACCCGGCCGCCGCUCUCGCCCCCUGGUCCGGAGCAGACCCCUGGCCCGCUCCUCCCUCCACUCCCUCUCUCACCUCCACUACCGACAGAGCCGGGGUGGAAUAAGGAUGACCAGCACAUCAGCAGAGAUUGAGGGCAAAGAGGCUUGUGAUUGGCUGAGGGCUGCAGGGUUCCCACAGUAUGCCCAGCUCUAUGAAGACUCUCUUUUCCCUAUAGAUAUCUCAUCAGUAAAGAGGGAUCAUGACUUCUUGGACAGAGACCUGGUGGAACCGCUUUGUCGACGUCUCAACACUCUGAACAGGUGUUGUUCCAUGAAAUUAGAUGUUAGCCUCCCCAGAAAGAAAACUGAUGACUCAGAUGAAGAUGACCCUCUGGCCAUCAGUAAGAGAUGGACUUUUGAGUGGAACAGCCGUCGCUGGUCCCGCCUCCAGGACAUGCACUUCCUGCUGGACUCGCCCAAUGAGAGCAGCCCCGAGGGGUGCCAGGGGGAGGGGCUUCUGAGGAACACCAUGAGCACUGAGAGCGUCCUGACGGACCUCAGCGAGCCCGAGAUCACAGACAUCUCCUCCCUUCACAGCCAGGACUCUCUGGGCACCAUGUUGCCCGACUCCUUCUCCAUGGCCUCGCUGGCCGGGCCCUACCAGCCCCCAAGGGAUAUGUCCCACUACAACUCUCUACCAAUCAAAAGUGGCCGUAGCAGCCAGGGUGGGCGGAGUCCAGCUAAGGCUAUACUGCGUCGCAUGGAGAUGAUGCGUACGUGGGGUCCGUCCUCCAGGAGAAAGUCAGGGACGCGGAGAGCGGCGCUAGUCAUCGGGGAGCCGGUCCUACAGGGGGAGGAGCCGCAGGCACUCCAAACACUCCAGUGUGUCCCCAUCAAUCAAUUAGAGGGCGGUCCUUAUCCUCUUCACCAGUCAUGUGACAACGCGGCCCCUAUCCUCCAAGACAGUGAGGGCCAAUCAGAAAUCUGUGCAAGCCCUAUUCGUCCAACUGUGAAGGAGAAGGAUUCUAAGCCACCGCCUAAAAGAGGAAGUGUCUAUCUAGAAGACAUGGAGCUGCCCUCUGGCUCCCCCCAUGGUCGGAGGACCGAGUCGCAACAAAGGCCGUUUAGCAGGAGCCACUUCCGCUCUUAUGAGGACCUGCUAGUCCACAUCCCGAAGGACCACAAACCGGGCACCUUCCCCAAAGCACUAUCCAUAGAGAGCCUAGCCCCGGCCACUGAGAACAGGACUUCAUCUCCCUCCCAGCUCCCCACCAGCCGAGGCUUGCCCUCGUCGGGCACAGCUCUGUCCAAGAAGCCCCCGUGUCCUGGAGGUCCGCGCGGCAGCAGGGUCAGUGUUUAUGACAACGUUCCCGGGUCUCACCUGUACGCGUCCACGGGUGACCUCCUUGACCUGGACCAAGACCACGCCCUGUUCCCCCACCUGGAUGACAUCAUCACCCACGUCAGCGGCCUGCAGCAGAUCGUAGACCACUGGAGCCGCAACGUCCUGCCCGAGGGGGAGGCGAGGGGGGAGGGCGUCGAGGACGUGGAGGGAGAUGGGAGGACCACGCCCAGCAAGGUGGAGACAGAUGGGGUCUUCCUGAACGACGCAGACUCUACGGCGACCAGCCGAGAGAGAAGAGACUCUGGAGUAGGGGCUUCACUCACCAGGCCACGUCUGCGGUGGCCAAGUUUCUGCCUGUCCGAUCGUCUGAGCCAGUCAGGCUCCUCGCUGCAGAUCAGUAGCCAGUCAGCCGGCCAGCUCAGCCUGCUCCAGAAGUUCUCCCUCCUUCGCCUCACAGCCAUCAUGGAGAAGUACUCCAUGUCCAACAAACACGGCUGGACCUGGUCUGUUCCUAAGUUUAUGAAGCGUAUGAAGGUUCCAGACUACAAAGACAGGAGUGUGUUUGGGGUUCCACUGAUUGUUCAUACCCAGCGUUGUGGCUACCCUCUACCCCUCUGUCUCCAACAGGCCCUAAACCACCUCAGAACACACUGCCUCGACCAGGUGGGUCUGUUUCGGAAGUCAGGUGUGAAGUCUCGUAUCCAGGCGUUGAGACAGGAGUGUGAGUCCAGUCCUGACAAUGUGAAUUAUGAGGACCAAUCAGCGUACGACGUGGCCGACAUGAUGAAACAGUUCUUUAGAGACUUGCCGGAACCACUGCUCACCAGCAAGUUGGGAGACACCUUUCUACAUAUAUAUCAGUACGUCCCUAAGGAGCAGAGACUGCAGGCCGUGAGGGCGGCCAUCUUGCUGAUGUCAGACGAAAACCGGGAAGUACUCCAGACACUGCUCUGCUUCCUGCGUGAUGUCACUUCCUGUGUGGAAGAGAACCAGAUGACACCCAUGAACCUUGCAGUGUGUCUCGGACCCUCCCUGUUUCACCUCAACAUCUUGAAGAACGACAACCUGUCCCCUCGGUCCAUCCAGAAGAAGUACACCACGGGUCGACCCGACCAGAAGGACCUGAGUGAGAACCUCGCUGCCACCCAGGGGCUGUCUCACAUGAUCACUGAGUGUCAACAGCUGUUUGAGAUCCCAGAGGAGAUGGUGAACCAGUCCCGCAACACGUACAUGGAGGCCGAGCUGCUGGCGCCCCCUCUGGAUGGACUGUGUAAAUCACACGACGACGCCAUGGAGGAGGAAGACGAAGAGGAGGAAGAGGAAGGCUCCUACCACUCUCACGUGGAGGGGCUGGUGCAGAGUCUGCUGAAAGAGGCCAGAGAGCGGACCAAAACCUGGGUGUCCCGGGCCACCUUGGACCACACUGAACUGGCCUGUAAGAAGGUGGGGGACGGUAACCCCUUGCGACGGUGGCGGGUCAGUCUGGAGGUGUGUGCCUUGCCCGGCGAGGUGUUGGAGAGGCUGCUAAGGCAGCGCCCCCUGUGGCAAACAAAUGUACUGCAGGAGAAGGUUCUGGAAACCCUGGACAGACAGACGGACAUCUACCAGUACAGUCUGAGGAGCAUGGCCCCGCACCCCAACACGGACUAUGUCGUUCUGAGGUCAUGGCGUAGUGAUGUGUCCAAGGGCAGCAGUGUGUUGGUGUGUGUGUCUGUGGACCAUGAGGACAGCACCUCCACGGCUGCCGUCAGGGGGGUGGUUUUGGAGUCCCAGUACCUCCUAGAGCCCUCCGGCACGGGCAGGACCAGACUCACACACAUCUGCAGGGUGGACCUCAAGGGCAGGUCUCCUGACUGGUACAACAAAGCAUUCGGUCAGCUGUGUGUCGCUGAAGCCCAGAGGAUCCGCUCAUCCUUCCAUCCUCCAGAUUCCCCAGGCCCUGAGACCAAGAUCUGAACCCGGGGUCCAUGGCCUGAGGCUGGCCUACAAUGCCUGGAGGCAUGGCCUCAUGGACCAGAGGAACCGAAAGAAGCUACUGAACACAGAUAAACAGGACAGAUAGAACCAGGGCAUCUUCAAAUCAUGGCUCUAUAUUCGUGGACCAGGAACCUGGAAUAUAACAGCUGGAGUCAUAAACAUAUAACCUGUAACAUAAGGGCUAGACAUAUUGACCUGCAAUCCUGGAACAUAAGGGCCAUGAAUUUAGAAACUGAGAACUGUGAAAACAAGGAAGUAAUUGACAUAUAUAGUGGAUUUUGGAACCGAAGCUCUAAAAUUUGCGAUUGGCAGAGCCAUAAUCUGGAACCAGCCACUUAGAACCAGGGAUCAAGCACAGGCAAUCUAGAAUUGGGAAACAGGAAAAUCAAACAAUCUAGAACUUGGAACCGGGGAUGUGGAAAAAUCUAGAACUUGGAACCAGGGAUAUAGAUGCAGUAAAAAGGUCAUUGGACCACAGACCACUUGACUGAUCUUAACAAUAUGUAUAUUCAUCCAAUCCAUCAUGAUUUAUUUAUUAUUACAGACCCAAUAUAAGGUUACUCACGGUCGAUUUGGAUCUAUUUGACUGUUUUUUCAUUGCAUAACAUUUAGUUCUUCUAAGGAAAUUGUUCCUUUAAGAUUUAGAAGUGACUUCUAAAUGUUAUCUCAGAAAUGAGUGGCCGUAGUAGACCAGGUUGUUUCUAGCUGUAAUGCCAUUGUUUCGAGACAAUGACAUGAACACAAAUUGAGAUCAUCACUCACACAUGUGCACCCUACUCCGAUUUGUACUACAACAUAAUGUGAAAUAUACAAAAUGCUCCUAAUGGUAUGAUGAGGGGAUUCACAAGUUCAUUUACCAGGGCAUUGCCAAAGUUCAUCAAAGUUCCAUUUACCUUUUUUACUGCAGUUUGGGACUACCUGGAACUUGAAACCAGGGAUAUGAAACAUUCUAGAACCUGGAACCAGGGAAGGGGGACAAUCUAGAACUUGGAACUAGGGAUUUGGGACAAUCUAGACCAUGGAACCGGGGAUUUGGAACAAUCUAGGACUUGGAACCGGGGAUUAGGGACAAUCUAGGACUUGGAACCGGGGAUUAGGGACAAUCUAGGACUUGGAACCGGGGAUUAGGGACAAUCUAGGACUUGGAACCGGGGAUUAGGGACAAUCUAGGACUUGGAACCGGGGAUUUGGGACAAUCUAGAGCAUGGAACCGGGGAUUAGGGUCAAUCCUGAUGAACCUGGUUCCUUUACAUGUUUGUUGCUGCUCUUAUCAUUAGCAUCACUGUCCUCUGAAACUACUAUAAUUAUAUUAUUGAUAUUAUUCAUAUCAUCAGUUUUUUGUGUUAAUUAUAUUAUAAGUUGUAUUAUUAAUGUUAUUUUAUUAUCAUGGCAUCAUUGUUGUUAUAUAAUCAUUAUUUUGUAAUCCUAUACAAUGUCUAGGACAUUUAUCCAUUUCACUGCUUCUGGGAAGCAUGUCUGUCUUACUGUGUGUGUGUGUGUGUGUGUGUGUGUGUGUGUGUGUGUGUCUGUGUAUCUGUGUGAGUGGGCCUGUGCUUGUGCAAUUGUUUGUUUAUGUGUGUGUUUUUUGAUUGUGUUUGUACACACAGUGUAAAUCUGUGUUGCUUCCAAUACAUACAGCUGAUUGGUCAUCAGGACUUCCCUAUCAUAGGGAUAUGAGGUGCUCUGAUUGGUCAUCAGGACCUCCCCAUAACAGUAAGAUGAGAUGCUCUGAUUUUGUCAUCAGGACUUCCCCUAUCAUAGUGAUAUGAGAUGCUCUGAUUGG